AUGUUAAAGUUUCUCUUUAUAAAAUCCACCUCACGGACAACAGACACAAAACUGCGGCAAUGCUUGGAAAAUGCAUCUCCAGAUUGUAUGACCUUUAUCGCAAAGCGAAAGAAGGAUAUUUUAAGAUCAGAUCAUGGAAUCGUGGUUGCAGGAGAAACGAGUGCCGGGAAAUCCACACUUAUUAAUAAAAUAUUAGGAAUAAAAAUCUUUAAAGGAAGAAACAUGGAAUCUACGUCUACAGUUUGCAAAAUACGAAAUUCUGAAAAGGUAGUAAUAAGAACGGAGUUAGAAACUGGCGAAGUUGAGGUCAAAUAUAUUGGUGAUAUUGAUGUAGAAACAAAAGAAGGAAAAAAAUCUCUAAGAGACACUUUGAAGGAACUUACAGACAUGACCGUUCGAAAAGGCAGCAGCAAAUAUAAAAGUGUUGAUAUUGGGAUACCAGUAUCCUUUCUGAAGGGUAAUACAAUAAUGGUUGAUACACCAGGUAUUGGAGGUUCUGGAAAAGUUAGUCAGAAAGUAAUGGAAUACUUGCCUAAUGCAGUUUCUUUCAUUUUCGUGAUUAAUGUGGCAAGUGCAGGCGGAAUGCAAAGAGACAGGCUUCCAGAAAUACUGAAAUCAAUUAUCAACUUGCAAAUAGAUGGCGAAAUGCCUUGUUUUGAUCCACGUAGCGUCAUCUUUAUAACGAACAAAUGGGAUUCAAUAAAAAAUGACCCGGAUGACAGCAGCGAUGAAGAUGAUGUGAAAAAGACAUGGAAAAAAAUAACAGACAGCAUUAAUAGAAACUGGCCUUCAGUCAGGAAAGAAAAUAUCUUCAAAAUGAAUUUAAUAGAUGUAUACAGAGAAGACUCUUCGACAAUAGAAUUUGAAAAAUUUCGCAAGGCUUUGGAAAAAGUAAUAAAGGAAAAUGAAAACAUUAGGCUCACACAGCACUUCAGGUAUCUGUGUACACUCUUGGAAGAUGUACGCACAGGAGUACGCACAAGACAAGAAUUGACAAAUAAAUCAAAAAAUGAACAAGAAAGGAAAAGCAGAGAGCAUCAAAUGAAAAUUAAUAUGUUGAGGAACCAUUGCAAAACGAGAAGCAAUGACUGGCGACAGCGCAUCGAAAGCUUUAUAGAACAAGAAGCAAAUGAAAGUUUUAAAUAUAUGUCAUCUGACAUUGGUAAGGAAAGAAUCCUUAAUCCCAAAGGCUGGGAACCAAUAAUGGAGGUAACAUAUGUUCCUAACAAACUUUGUGACGACGUUCGGGAUAGGAUUAACCACUAUAUAAAUGAAAAAGUACGGUCCCCUAAGGUUGUUGAAGAAUUCAAGAACAUCAAAGACGAAAUAUUGGAGUUCUAUAAAGAAAUGUCCUCAGAAAUAGAAAAAAUGGAAAGGUACUAA